UAGUCAACGUAGUAGGUACAUGACUAUACAAUUACGUAGUUCAAUACAUUUUCAUUUGAAAUAAUUAUUAGUGAUUUUACUUUUGUAAAGUACAUAAUAUUUUAAUUUAUAAAUACAACAUAAUUUAGGUUUAUACUAUUUUAUAAAUAAUAAAAUAAAUAGUAUACCUAUAAGUAAACCUUUACUACGGGGUAUUCAAUAUUCGCAUUAAUAAAAAUUAUUAAAAGUAGAAUUUUUUUUUUAUAAAUAAAAUCAAAAUGAGCCGAAUGAAGACGUUAUGUGCUAUGGAAUCAUUGGUAGAAGAUGUUCCACAAAUAAAUUUCAUCAUCUGCCCAGCUCUGAUUGAUGACUGCGAUCAAAUCUACGAAUUAGUUCAAGAAUACUAUUCCGAAUAUGGUAUACCAAGCAGCAGACAAUUGAACAAAGACACUUUCAGAAAGGACGGAUUCGAAUCUCAAAAUCCAAGUUUCCAAUGUUUCAUAGCAAAAACUAGAAAAGAAGAAGAUGUUAUUAUCGGAUUCGUACUGUGGUUUCGACCGUCUGAGAACACAACUGGCCAACCAGUGUUCCUCGAAGCACUGUACGUGUCCAAACCUUACCGACAGAAAUACGUCGAACAAGCACUCUUUGAAAAAACUAUUCAAAUCUAUUGAGUGGAGGUGGGCGAGAUACCAAUCGUCCUGUCGUCACUGUAUCGUAACCAUACUGAUUAUAGAUCCAUCGACGCGCCCAAUGCAAAAUCUUAUACCUAUCAAUAUCAAUAAUAAUAACAAUAAUAUUAUUAUCAUCGUAUAAUUGUAUGCUAGGUAUUAAAAAUCCGCUGCAUUGUCAAAAAAACGCCAAAUUUUGACAAUUGCAAACUGAAGUGAAUGAAAACAAUAAUUAAUAAUAUUAUAUUAUAUUCAUAUUGUUAUAUUUGUUACGGACAUUCGCCACGAUAACGGAACUGCAGCGAAUUAUCCGGAGGUCGAAAGCGGAAAUGAGUGUCCCCUUAUAGGGCUCGUUGAGACGACCCAGACUGAUCCCUUGUCACACGCCAUGUUAAACAAAAUACACCGUACCGCUUCGAUACAAUAUUAUCUAUUUGUCUAUAACGAAUCUAUCAUUACAAAAAUGACAUUUUAUUCUUUGGAUUUUUUGGGGACCGCAACGAGCAGCUGUAUCACUAUGAAAUUAUUUCAUUCACCUUCCACCAAAAGUGCACUGAGAUCUGACUAUCUGGUGACACUUUUUAAAAUGGAUACUUCCAACUCAGCUAGAAUCACCUAUCACGAAAUGAACAAAUUUAAUUUAUAUUAUCAAGGACUUACCUUUGGGAGCGGACGUAUUUUUUUAAUAUCUUUAAUAAACAAUAAUUAUUUAUUUAUUCAUAAUAACGUUCCGAGACUAAUGAAAUUGAAGUCUUUAAUACACGCUGUUGCUGUACUCGGUCCCCGCAACAUCUUUUAUUAUUACAUCGGUGAACCACGCCAAUCAUUGUCGACCUAUAAAAUCUCAUAUUUUUUAAUUGUUGUUAUUACUUAUUGACUUAUUGUGUUAUUGAUUUAAAUCAUAACUUGUAAUAUAAAUACAUAGAUGAAAUCGAA